AGUGCGCGUGCGCAUCACUACAACCUGUGGAGGGCGGGUCGCCGGGUGCAGGUUUCGGUCCGGGUCCGUCAGAGUCUUGUACCGGUCUGGGUCUAGAUGUUCCGACUGCUCCUCGUCCCCCGGAGGCUCCGGCCGCUCGGCGGGCCGCCGGGGCUCCCCUCUGCCCGCUCAGCUCGCUCCUUCAGCGGCUGUCCUCCGGAGCUGCCCGCUGCACAGGUCCGGAGCAGCUUCCUGGACUUCUUCCGGCAGAGACACGGACACCUGCUGGUCCCGUCCUCCCCGGUCCGGCCCAGGGGAGACCCCAGCCUGCUGUUCGUCAACGCCGGCAUGAACCAGUUCAAGCCCGUCUUCCUGGGGACAGUGGACCCGCGCAGUGCGAUGGCCUCGUACCGACGAGUGGUCAACAGUCAGAAGUGUGUCCGAGCCGGAGGGAAACACAACGACCUGGAGGACGUGGGCCGCGACCUGUCCCACCACACCUUCUUCGAGAUGCUGGGAAACUGGUCGUUUGGAGACUACUUCAAGGAGGAGGCGUGUUCGAUGGCGUGGAGCCUCCUCACAGAGCAUUAUGGGAUAUCUACUGACCGCCUGUACGUGUCUUACUUCGCUGGAGACGCUGAGUCUGGGUUAUCACCUGACGAGGAGACGAGACGCAUCUGGUUGGACAUCGGCGUCCCCCCCAGUCGCCUGCUGCCGUUCGGCCUCCAGGAGAACUUCUGGGAGAUGGGGGAAUCGGGCCCCUGUGGCCCCUGCACUGAGAUCCACUACGACCACGUGGGGGGACGAAACGCUGCGACGCUGGUGAACGCUGACAGUCCUGACGUGGUGGAGAUCUGGAACCUGGUCUUCAUGCAGUAUAACAGGGAGGCGGACCUCAGCCUGCGGCGGCUGCCUCAGGUCAGUGUGGACACUGGGAUGGGUCUGGAGCGGCUGGUGAGCGUCCUGCAGGGGAAGAGAUCGAACUACGACACGGACUUGUUCACGCCGCUGCUCCAUGCCAUCCACCAGAGGUCGAAAGUGGCGCCGUACAGAGGCGGGACGGGCGUGGUGGACCAGAGAAAGGUGGACAUGGCGUACAGGGUGGUGGCCGACCACGUCCGCACGCUAUCGGUCUGCAUCGCCGACGGAGUUCAUCCAGGCAUGUCGGGAGCCGAGUUGGUGCUGAGGAGGAUUCUGAGGCGAGCGGUGCGGUACUGUGUCGAGGUCCUCCAGGCUCCUCGGGGAGCGCUGGCCAGCCUGGUUCCUACUGUCACACACUCCCUGGGUGAUGUGUAUCCAGAGCUCCACACGGAGGCAGAGCGGAUCAUGGACGUGAUCAACGAGAACGAGGCUCAGUUCCUGUCGUCUCUGCAGCAGGGCAGCAGGCUGAUCCACCGCACGCUCAACAGAGAGGACAUCAAACAUGGAGUCUUCCCCGCCUCAGUGGCCUGGUCUCUGCACCGGGACCUGGGUUUCCCUCUGGACCUGGUGGACCUGGUUCUGGAGGAGAGAGGAGUCCAGGUGGACCGGCAGGAACUGGACCGACUCAUCACAGAGAACCACAAGGUGGCGUGUGAGCUGCAGUCAGGUGAUCGGACCCGCGUGGCGCUGGACGUCCUGAGCCUGGCGGAGCUGCAGCGUCUUGUGGUUCCUCACACCGACGACCGCCUCAAGUACCAGUACCGUCUGGAGCAGAACCGAUACGAGUUCCCAGCAUGCCGUGCGACAGUCCUGGCCCUUUACGACGGUCAGGCUCUAGUGUCAGAGGUCACGGAGGGUCAGCGCUGUGGCGUCAUCCUGGAUCAGACCUGCUUCUACUCGGAGCAGGGGGGGCAGUCGCAUGACCAGGGCUACUUCACCCGGGAUGGGCUGCAGGACGUCCUGUACCCUGUGGAGGACGUGGUCCUGGUGGGCGGGUACGUGGUCCAUCAGGUGACGGCCGCUGACCGUCUGAAGUCCGGAGACCAGGUCCACUUACACCUGGACCAGGUCCACAGAUUGUCCUGUAUGGUGAAACACACAGCGACUCACAUCCUGAACUUUUCUCUGAGGACAGUUGUUGGUCCGUCAGUUCAUCAGAGAGGAUCUCAUGUGUCAGCUGAUCGUCUCCGCUUCGACUUCAGCGUCAAGGGUUCUCUGAGCGUCUCCCAGCUGCAGCAGGUGGAACAGUGUGUUAACGACGUCAUCUCAGCCAAUCAGACGGUCCACAGCCAAGAGCUUCCUCUGCACACGGCCCGCAGCAUCAGAGGACUGAGGACCGUGGACGAGGUGUACCCUGACCCGGUCCGCGUGGUGUCGGUGGCGGUGCCGCUCUCUGAGCUGCUGGACGACAACACAGACAGACGGACGUCUGUGGAACUCUGCUGUGGAACUCACCUGCGUCGGACCGGAGCCAUCAAGGACCUGGUGAUCGUCUCUGAGCGACAGAUGGUCAAAGGAAUCAGUCGCAUCAUCGCUGUGACGGGACGAGAGGCGACACUGGCCCGGGAGGCGGGACAGGUGCUUUCAGAGAAUGUGGACUCUCUGUCAGCCAGACUGUCAGGCUCCGCCCCCUCCAGUCUUGACUCCGCACAGCGUCUGGCCAAGGAAGUGGGAGUCCUCUCUGAUGCUGUAGAUACCACACCCAUCCCCCAGUGGCAGCGCAGAGAACUGCAGGGUCGACUGCGAGCCCUGCAGAGGAGCAGCAACACCUCCGUCAGGAAGCUGGAGACCAGGGAGGCUGCAGGAAGUGCUCAGGCUCUGCUGGAGAAGAACGGCAGGAAGGAAGUGUUUGUGGACUGGGUGGAGACGGACUCCCUGUCGGUUGUGAUGAAGACGGUGAACCAGCUGAGCGCCGCCUCUCCUCUCAGUCACGUGAUGCUGCUCGCCCACCAGAGGCAUUCUGGGAAGGUUCUGUGUGCCUGUCAGGUUCCCAAGGACUCGACAUCCCUCCUGGCCUCUGAUUGGGCGAUGGCGGUGUGUCAUCACAUUGGGGGGAGUGCUGGGGGCUCCGCAGUGGUUGCCAAGGGAACAGGAAGUAGCAGUGACAUCACCGAGGCUCUGAGGUGGGCCGAGGAGUUUGCCCGCCGGAAAAUACAACAAUGACAUCACUAUGAUGUCACAGCAGUCUGUUGGCCCCGCCCACAGCUGCAGCCGGCCACCUCUCAUUGGACAACAGGUUUAUUAUUUAAAAUGAACAUUUCUUUGUUUUAAAAGAAAUAAAAACAUGGAUUCUCUUCA